AUGCACCGCUUCCGAGUGUCCAAGUUCCGGCGCGCCGAGGCCAGGGUGGCCCGCCAGGAGGACUGGAUCCGAGGCAUCCAUGGCGGCUGCGCUCCUGCUGCUUCUGGGAACCACCUCAAAACCAGCUGCCGCUGGAUCGUGUUCAGCACAGACUCUGCAGGUGUGCUGGGUGUCGUGCCACUGGAAAGCCCAGAUGGGGGCCAGAGGCCUGUUUCGCAGCUGCGUUGUCAUUCAGGUGUGGUGGCCGAUUUUGACUUCUCUCCCUUCGAUGAUCAAGUGCUGGCCACAUGCUCCGCUGAGGAAGUUGUGAAAGUCUGGCGCCUCCUGGAUUCCGGCCCGGAUCUCUCCUCCUCCCCCCAUGUAGCCUUGGGGCCAGAGGGCGGCCAGGCAGGCAUGGUCCUCUUCCACCCCACAGCAGAUGGUGUCCUGGCCAGCGGGGCUCAAAGGGCAGCAAAGGUUUGGGACGUGGAGCAGCGGCAGCCUCUGACAGAGCUGGAACCGCAUGGGGAUCUUGUCCAGAGUCUGGCGUGGCGUCCGGAUGGCGCUCUUCUGGGAAGCUCCUGCAAAGACAAAGUGCUGCGGAUCUUUGACCCCCGUGCUGGGCCUGCUGCCUGCCAGAGCAUCCAGGCCCACGAGAACGGCAGAGACUCCCGGCUGCUGUGGGUGAACUCCAGCGGCUCCCUCCUCUCCAUCGGGUUCAACCAGGUGAGGGAACGUGAGGUGCGGCUUUGGGACACCCGGGCAUUCGGUGGCUCGCUGGCUUCCGUCACCCUGGACGCAUCCCCCAGAGUCUUGAUGCCGCUCUUUGACCUCGACACCGGCCUGCUGGUGCUGAUGGGGAAAGGGGAAGACGUCCUCUUCUGCUAUGAGGUGCUGCCCGCUCAGCCGGCGCUAGCGGAAGUCAGCCAGUGCCGCACGGAGAGCAAGGCCCACGGGAUCGCCCGGGUGCCCAAGCUGGGCCUGGACGUCCUGGCGUGCGAAGUGAUGCGGGUCCUGCAGCUCACAGACAGCGCCAUCGUUCCCGUCAGCUACACCGUGCCACGGAAGUCCACGCAGGAGUUCCAGGAAGACCUGUUCCCCUGCUGCGCUGGAAACGUCCCUGCGGCCUCUGCUCAGGCCUGGUGGGCAGGAGAUAACAGCCAGGUCCAGAGGCUCAGCCUCCACCCGGCCCACAGGCCCAGGCCGGCCUUCGCUUCCCCCUGCGUUCCAGGCCUCCCCCCCGAAAGCCAGGCCCCAGGCGGCCCCCAGACGGAGGAGCAGGUGGAAGAGGACUUGGAUGUCAGUGCGGGCAGCGGCCUGUCUUCUCCCAGCAGCUCCCUCACGUCCCCCUCCCUCUCCGCCACCAGUGGCUUCGUCUCCAGCCCCAGCCAGAGGUCCUUGCAGAGCAUUUUGGGCCCCAGCUCCGGCUUCCGCCACCUCCAGGGCACCGUCCUGCCCCGUAGCACCCACUUCACCAACCUCAAGGGCCUGAACCUCACCACGCCAGGCGAGUGCGACGGCUUCUGUGCUAACCGGAGGCGGGUUGCCGUCCCGCUGCUCUCGGCAGGAGGGCAGGUGGCUGUCUUGGAGCUGUCCAAGGCGGGACGCCUGCCUGAUGCUGCCCUGCCCACCAUCGAGAAUGGAGCCCCCGUCUCCGACCUGUGCUGGGACCCCUUUGACCUGGAGCGCCUGGCCAUCGCUGGUGAAGAUGCCCGAAUCCGCCUUUGGCGGCUCCCCCCGGAAGGGCUGCAGAAGAGCCUGCUGGAGCCGGAGGCUGUGCUGCAAGGUCACACAGAGAAGAUUUACUCCAUCCGGUUCCACCCGCUGGCCGCCAACCUCCUGGCCUCCUCCUCCUACGACCUGAGCGUCCGCAUUUGGGACGUGGGGGCCGGGAGAGCAGUGCUGGUGCUGGGGGGCCACAGGGACCAGGUCUUCAGCAUGGCCUGGAGCCCGAACGGACGUCGCCUAUCCACCGUCUGCAAGGAUGGCAAAGUGCGGGUUUACGAGCCCCGGCAGUCGCCUGAGCCUCUGCAGGAAGGUCUGGGCCCUGAGGGAGGCCGCGGAGCCCGCGUCGUCUGGGUGUGCGGGGGCCAAACCCUUCUGGUGUCGGGCUUCAACAGCCACAGCGAGCGCCAGCUUUCCCUGUACCACGUGGAGUCGCUGGCCAAGGGGCCCGUGGCACGCAUCAGCCUGGACGUCUCUCCCUCCACCCUCAUCCCCUUCCACGAUGCCGACACGGGCCUGGUCUUCCUGACAGGCAAGGGCGACACCCGAGUCUUCGUGUACGAGAUCAUCCCAGAGACCCCCUUCUUCCUGGAGUGCAACAGUUUCAUCUCCAAUGAGCCCCACAAGGGUUUCCAGUUCCUGCCGAAGUCGGAGUGUGACGUGCGCGAGGUGGAGGUGGCCCGGGCCCUGCGUCUCAGGCACAGCUCCAUCGAGCCCAUCACCUUCCGCGUGCCCAGGGUGAAGAAAGAGUUCUUCCAAGAUGACCUUUUCCCGGCCACAGAGGUGUGGUGGGAACCUGCCUUAUCAGCCGCCGCUUGGCUCGCCGGCUCCGAUGGGCAACACCGCAAGGUCAGCCUCCAGCCCAAAGCGAUGAUGCCAGUGAGCAAAGCCCCAAAGGACAUUCCUAGCAGAAAAUACGUUCCAUCCUCGGUCUACCUGGAGGAGAAGUCGGACGAGCAGAAGAAGGAGGAGCUGCUCAGUGCGAUGGUGGCCAAGCUGGGCAACCGCCAGGACCCCCUCCCCCAGGACUCCUUUGAAGGCGUGGACGAGGAGGAGUGGGCCAAGUACCUGGCCCAGAUCGUCCUGGUGGGCAUGCAGGUGGUGGGCCGGGCAUUCGCCCGGGCUCUGCGGCAGGAGUUUGCAGCCAGUCAAGCAGCCGCAGGUGCCCGAGGGCGCUCUGCGGGGUCUCAGUCUGAAGCAGCCUCCAGCAUCUCUGGGAUCAGCCUCCAAGAAGCCCAGCGGAUCCUCAACAUCUCCAGGCUGAACACGGAGGAAAUCCAGAAGAACUAUGAGCAUUUAUUUAAGGUGAACGACAAAGCCGUGGGGGGCUCCUUCUACCUGCAGUCCAAGGUGGUGAGAGCCAAGGAGCGGCUGGACGACGAACUGCGGAUCCAGUCCCAGCAAGAACCAGAGGCAGAGCGCAAACCGGACACGUAGUAACCCCCCUCCCUCUCUCCCUCCCCGAGCACCCUUUAAGUUAUAGCUCAUCAAUAAAUUUGCCCUUCUGUA